AUGGAGGAACAGAUUCCGAAGAGGGCGUUUCCGGCCGUGGAGAAGUACAACGGGUCAGGUGAUCCGGAGGAGCAUUUGAGACCUCGAACCGUUGGUAACUUCGCCACCUUGAGGGACAUAUUCGAGCGGCAGUUCUCUACGGGUAGAGCUCGAAAUUUGACGUAUCUGGAGUUGACCAAUAUAAAGCAGGAGAAGGGAGAAAGUCUUCGAGACUUCAUGGACCGAUUUAACAGAAUCGCUCGGCAAGGGAGGGGAGUGGGUAAGAAGUUUACCAUUAGCACUCUGGCCACCGCAUUGAGGCCCUCCCCUUUCGCCGAUAAUUUGUUUGCGAAACCCCCUUUAACCUUGGAUGAGCUACAAGAGAGAGACGCUCGGUUCAUCAGAAUAGAAGAGAUGAGGGCGAUUCAGAGGCGACAACAGGAACAGACCUCAACCUUAGGGCAAGAGAAGAAGGAAGGUAAAAAACCGUUCGUAUCCGGUGAGCGGCCGAAGGGCCAGAAGUAUAGAGAGGGCCCGAAGGGGAGUAGAUUUGAAAGAUACACCCCAUUGAAUAUGCCAAGGGCUAGAGUGUUGGAAGAAGCCUUGAGUGCAGACGUGAUUCGUGUAAGACCUUCUCGGUCAUCGUCCAAGGCGGACGGAACUAAGCAUUGUACCUAUCAUUUAAAUAUAGGGCAUAACACCGAAGAUUGUACGGUGUUGAAGGAUAAGGUGGAAGAGCUGAUCCGGGCGGGUCACUUAAAAAGGUUCGUCAAGGAAGAACGGAGAACGAGAAGUCCACCCAGGAAGGCGAGGGUGGAACGAAAUAAUAGAAGAGACGAUAGACACCUGGAUCGUAGGCGAAGUAGAAGUUGUAGCCAUGACCGAUCACUGCGUGGCACGAUAAACACUAUCUCUGGAGGUUUUGCUGGAGGGUCGUCGGCGUCGGCGAGGAAGAGAAAUCUAAGGGAGCUCAAAAGUGUUCACCGGGUGGAUGUGAGGAAGUGCUCCAUGCCGCCAAUCACGUUCACCGAUGAAGAUUUUCAUGCUCCUGAUCCAAACCAAGAUGAUCCAAUGGUGAUAACAGCUGUUAUUGCUCGGUACAACAAAGGGAAGGUGUUGGUGGAUCAAGGAAGUUCUGUCAACAUUCUUUACUGGAAGACAUUUCAACAAAUGGACAUAUCCGAGGACCUAAUAGCCCCGUACAAUGAGCAGAUAGUAGGAUUUACGGGGGAGAGGGUGGAUACAAGAGGAUAUGUCGAUCUGAGAACUUGCUUGGGAGCCGAGCGAAAUAAGGAGAUGAAAACCAGGUUUUUGCUGGUAGAUGCAAACACAUCGUAUAAUGUGUUGUUGGGCCGACCAUGCUUGAAUGCAUUCGGGGCGAUUGUUUCCACGCCUCACCUUACACUCAAAUUUCCGUCAGACAAUGGAACUAUUUGCACCGUCCGGUCCGACCAGAGGAUUGCUAGAGAAUGUUACGUGGCCGGGCUGAAGGUUCAGCCAUCCUCGUCUGAUCCACCCAAUCGGCAGAGGAGGAGACGAUCGGAGGUAGCCUUGACGGAUCUCGAUCCAAGAACUAAUACCGAUGAUCGGAUGGAACCAAUGGGAGAGACAAGGCCUUUCAGCCUUGGACGGAAGGAGGAACAAGUUACUACCAUUGGGAGUGAGUUGGAGGAAGACAAAGCCAGGACGAUAGGUGCAGAGUUGAAGAAGAACAAGGACUUGUUUGCUUGGACUGCAGCCGAUAUGCCCGGGAUCCACCCAAAGAUUAUGUCACAUAGGCUGGCAUUGUUCAAAGAGGCCCGACCAGUGGCAUAG